CCACCAUGACCUAUCACUCAUUCCACAAAAGAAACCACUGUUACCCCCACACAUAAAUGCUAACAAAACUUCUUUUUUCUUUCCCUCCUCUUUCAAGCCUAUUCUAUCCCUUACUCUCUCAGCUUCUUUCUCUUCUCUCAUACCACCAUGCUUCUCCUCUUCUUCAUCUUCCUUUUCUUUUGCCAUUUCCAUAAUGCAAUCUCAGCUCACUGCACCACUGUUACAUCUUCUAAAACCUUUGAAAAAUGCAUGACAUUUCCUACCCAACAGACCUCCAUGGCGUGGACCUUUCAUAAGCAUAAUUCGACGCUAGACCUUGUUUUCUUUGGUGCAUUUAUUUCGCCUUCAGGUUGGGUAGGAUGGGGUAUCAAUCCUACCUCCCCAGAGAUGGCAGGAACCCGUGCCCUUAUCGCCUUUCCAGACCCCAAUUCAGGCCAAUUAGUUGUAUUACCUUACAUAUUAGACCCAACAGUAAAGCUACAAAAAUCACCACUUCUAUCUCGCCCUUUAGAUGUCCACCUUCUGUCUUCCUCUGCCACCCUUUAUGGGGGCAAAAUGGCCUCCAUACACAAUGGUGCAGCAGUUCAAAUUUACGCGACAAUAAGACUUUCACCAAACAAAACCAAACUCCACUUUGUAUGGAACCGUGGCUUGUAUGUCCAAGGUUACUCUCCAACCAUCCACCCAACAACAUCUAACGACUUAUCUUCCAUUGCAACUAUUGAUGUCUUGUCUGGUUUCAAUGCUGCCCAUAAAGAUAACACUAGAAUGCUGAAGAUAAUACAUGGAAUCGCUAAUGCGAUAUCAUGGGGUGUAUUAUUACCAACUGGGGCAGUCACUGCUCGCUAUUUAAGACACAUACAAGCACUUGGGCCAGCUUGGUUUUAUGCUCAUGCAGGGAUACAACUUUCUGCUUUCCUUUUAGGUACUGUUGGAUUUGCAAUUGGUAUCAGGCUUGGAGAAUCAUCACCAGGGGUUGUAUAUAGCCUCCACAGGAAACUGGGGUUUGCUGUUUUUUGCUUAGGUGCUUUACAAACACUAGCACUAUUGUUUAGGCCAAAGACUACGAAUAAGUACAGAAAGUAUUGGAAAUCUUACCAUCAUUUUGUAGGAUAUGCAUGUGUAGUGCUGGGAGUUGUUAAUGUUUUCCAAGGAUUUGAAGUGUUGGGUGAAGGCAGGUCUUAUGCUAAGUUGGGAUAUUGUUUGUGCUUGUCUACACUAGUGGGUGCCUCAAUAGCUUUGGAGGUGAAUUCUUGGGUCAUUUUCUGUAGAAAAUCAAAGGAAGAGAAAAUGAGAAGAGAAGGAUUGAUUAGUGUGUCUGAUAAAGUGAGUGUAAUUCACAAUUGAACGCAAAAAUUCAAAUUACAAUGAAGAGAAAAUUGGUCUCUUCCAGGUUGUUCAUUUUGUAGGCUAAUGAAAUUGGCCGUUCUUGAUUUUUGCAUCCCUUUGGAAUUAGUUUUGAUUUAUAGACUGAUAUUUUCA